AUGCUCGCCUCCUCAACACUGAGCCUGCUCCGUGGGCUAGAAUGCUUGCUGGCUGAUGCUCACCCUGAGGGAGAUGCUGCUUCUUCGGGUACUUAUGCUCCACCCUCAAGAGCCCUGGGGAGCAGUAGUCUGAGCAGCAACCCUGAAGAGAAAGUGACCACAGCUGAGGACGGGCUGUCAGAACUGGAGUCACCAGGGACAGCCCCUCCUGUACCUCCAGACACCCAGGCCCUGUCCACGCUGCCCCCAGAGCAGGUGGGCGCCAAGCAUACCUUGGCCACCAGGAGGAAGCCGCCUUCUCUCAAGCAGGUGAACACAGCCAGAAAGCAGCUGAGACCAAAGGUGACCCCCACAGCAGCUCUCCUGAGACCCAUGUCCCAGCCGGCAUCCACAGAGAAGCCCCAUUCCCCGGGGGACCCGGACCUGUUCCCCUCCACAGAGACACGCCGGCCUGCAUCAGAGACACCCCUCUGGCUGGACCGGAAGGAAGAUAGUAUCCCCACGACACCUACCCCACUGCAGAUAUCCCCAUUCACAUCGCAGUCCUACGUGGCCCACACGCUCCCCCACGGGGAUUCAUUGGGGCCGGAGGAAGGCCAGGAGGCCCCUCCAGAGGAGGCCAGUCCCAUGACGCUGGUGGACAAAGGAGGUGAGAAUGAGCUGACCGGCUCAGCCUCUGAGGAGAACCAGGAGACCACAACGUCCACCAUCAUCACCACGGUCAUCACCACAGAGCAGGCCCCAGCUCUCUGCAGCGUGAGCUUCUCAGACCCCGAGGGGUACAUCGACUCCAACGACUACCCACCGCUGCCCCUAAACAGCUUCCUGGAGUGCACGUACAACGUGACUGUCUACACUGGCUACGGGGUGGAGCUGCAGGUGAAAAGUGUGAACCUGUCCGAGGGGGAGCUGCUUUCCAUCCGGGGGGUGGAUGGCCCCACCCUGACUGUUCUGGCCAACCACACACUCCUGGUGGAGGGCCAGGUCAUCCGCAGUCCCACCAACACCAUCUCCAUCUACUUCCGGACCUUUCAGGAGGAUGGCCUCAGCACCUUCCAACUGCACUACCAAGCCUUCAUGCUGAGCUGUAAUUUUCCCCGACGACCUGACUAUGGGGAUGUGACCGUGAUGGACCUGCACUCAGGUGGUGUGGCUCACUUCCACUGCCACCCAGGCUAUGAGCUCCAGGGUGCCAAGAUGCUGACAUGCAUCAAUGCCUCCAAGCCCCACUGGAGCAGCCCAGAACCCAUCUGCUCAGCCCCCUGUGGAGGAGCAGUAUACAAUGCCACCAUCGGCCGCGUCCUCUCCCCAAGUUACCCUGGAAAGAGCAAUGGGAGCCAGUUGUGUGUGUGGAUCAUUGAAGCCCCAGAGGGCCAGAAACUGCAUCUGCACUUUGAGAGGCUGUCGCUGAACGAGAAGGACAGAAUGAUGAUCUACAGUGGACGAACCAACACAUCAGCUCUUCUCUAUAGCUCCCUUCAAACUGAGAGUGUCCCCUUUGAGGGCCUACUGAGUGACAGCAACACCAUCAGAAUCGAGUUCACGUCCGACCAGGCACGGAUGGCCUCAGCCUUCAACAUCCGAUUUGAGGCUUUUGAGAAAGGCCACUGCUACGAGCCCUACAUUCAGAAUGGGAACUUCACCACUUCCGACCCAACAUAUAACAUUGGGACCAUAGUGGAGUUCACCUGUGACCCUGGCCACUCUCUGGAGCAGGGGCCGGCCAUCAUCGAGUGCAUCAAUGUCCGGGACCCUUACUGGAAUGACACGGAGCCCCUGUGCAGAGCCAUGUGUGGUGGGGAACUUUCUGCUGUGGCCGGAGUAGUGCUGUCCCCAAACUGGCCAGAGCCCUAUGUGGAGGGUGAAGAUUGUGUCUGGAAGAUCCACGUCGGGGAGGAAAAACGGAUCUUCUUGGAUAUCCAACUCCUGAACCUGAGCAACAGCGACAUCCUGACGAUCUAUGAUGGUGAUGAGGCCAUGCCUCACAUCUUGGGCCAAUAUCUUGGGAACAGUGGCCCCCAGAAGUUGUACUCCUCCACACCAGACCUAACCAUCCAAUUCCAUUCGGACCCGGCUGGCCUCAUCUUUGGGAAGGGCCAGGGAUUUAUCAUGAACUACAUAGAGGUAUCAAGAAAUGACUCCUGCUCAGAUUUGCCUGAAAUCCAGAACGGCUGGAAAACCACUUCUCACACGGAGCUUGUGAGGGGAGCCAGAAUCACCUACCAGUGUGACCCCGGCUAUGACAUCGUGGGGAGUGACACCCUCACCUGCCAGUGGGACCUCAGCUGGAGCAGCGACCCCCCAUUUUGUGAGAAAAUUAUGUACUGUACCGACCCAGGAGAGGUGGCCCACUCGACCCGCUUGAUCUCAGACCCUGUGCUGCUGGUCGGCACCACCAUCCAAUACACCUGCAACCCUGGCUUUGUGCUCGAAGGAAGCUCACUUCUCACCUGCUACAGCCGCGAAACUGGCACCCCCAUCUGGACAUCUCGCUUGCCACACUGUGUCUCGGAGGAAUCACUGGCUUGUGACAACCCAGGGUUACCUGAAAACGGAUACCAAAUCCUGUACAAACGUCUCUACCUGCCAGGAGAGUCCCUCACCUUCAUGUGUUACGAAGGCUUCGAGCUCAUGGGUGAAGUCACCAUCCGGUGUAUCCUGGGACAGCCGUCCCACUGGAACGGACCCCUGCCCGUUUGCAAAGUUAAUCAAGACAGCUUUGAACAUGCAUUAGAAGCAGAAGCGGCAGCUGAGACGUCCCUGGAAGGUGGAAACAUGGCGUUGGCUAUUUUCAUUCCAGUCCUCAUCAUCUCCUUGCUGCUGGGAGGAGCCUACAUUUACAUCACCAGAUGUCGCUAUUACUCCAACCUGCGACUCCCUCUGAUGUAUGCACACCCCUACAGCCAGAUCACGGUGGAAACAGAGUUUGACAACCCCAUUUACGAGACGGGGGAAACCAGAGAGUAUGAAGUCUCCAUCUAA